GAAGUGAUUGACACACACACACACACACACAGGAGGAAACUGUUCACAGUUAUUACACACUUCUUCUGAAAGGUUCAGGUCUAAGCAGCCUGUGAUGUUGAAAUGAAGAUUGAUGAAAAAGUCCUCACCUACUUUGAAUCUUGCACCUCACCAGUGGACAAAGAAGGAUACCUGUACAAGAAGGGUGAGAUAAAGACUUCCUAUCAGAAGCGCUGGUUCGUGCUGAAGGGGAACCUCCUCUUCUACAAGGACCGUCCGGCUGACCGGGACGUGACAGGAGUGAUUGUUCUGGAGGGCUGCACCGUCCAGCUGUGCGAGUCUGAGGAGCAGUUUGCCUUCUCCCUGGUGUGGAGCGAGCCAGGAUUGCGGACGUACAAGUUUGCUGCCGAGGACCAGGCCAGUCAGGAGAGCUGGAUCAAAGCCCUGCUGUCAGCCAACCACAGCUACCUGUCCCUGCUGGUGAUGGACCUGGAGAAGAAGUACAGAGAUGCAUUGCAUGAGUUCCCCAGUGAACCAGCCAAACCUUUCACCAUGCCAAAUUUCAACACAGCAGAGGCAUUUCAGAGCACACAGUCUGCAACGCUGCCUUCCUAUGUUGGAGCGGGUUUGGGAGCAGCACCCAGUCUGAGCUCCAGUCAGACGCUUCAAGCCCCGACCGUUUCAUCCAAAGCCAGUAAAAGAUCACCCAAACUGUGGCCCAAAAGGAGCGCAAACGUUGUGCCUGUUAACACUCCUGCUCCACCUAUGGCGGAUUGGUCAGCGGUCUUUUCAGGAAACCAGGAGGAGUUUACCAAACUGCAUGAGGAUUUUGGGAAAGAGGUGAAGGAACUGAUUGCUGACUGGUCAAAGAGGGGACGCGGUGAUGACGCCGCUCAGGAGGAAAACUUGAUAGAUUUUGGAUAACUGUGAAAAAUAAACUGUCUUCACCAUGAUUUCAAUA